GCCGUCUCCUUUUGUGUUUACCGUCUCCCUCGCGCACUCACACAUCCAUUCGCAAUACAAGGUGAGUGUUUUCUCCUCGCUGCUUCUUCACCCUUUCCGUUUCUUUUCCUGGUUGUGAGAGCGCUGCGUUGAUCAUCGCGACUUCACAAAGCACACUUACCCGAAGGCUUCCUUCUUGUGUUGUAUUUUCUUAAGGCGCCUUUCACCAUGUCGUACAGCGAGAUCCAACGCCUGCAGCACGUGGUGCAGCAGGAGCCGACGCACGAGAACUACGAGAAGCUCGUCAGCGAAGAACUUCGUUUUCUGGAGAACAAAUCCCGUGACCGCGACGAGGCAGCACAGCGCUCCACCGCGUUGGAAGCGGAGUUGGAGCAGCUUCGACGCGAGAUCGCAGAGUUGCAGGAUCAGCUGUCCCCGCAGCGAGGGGGCGCAGCACCGAUUGGCAAGGCGGAGUACUGCGAAAGGUGGACGAGCUUGUUGAAGGAGUUCGGCGUGCGCAAGGAGGUGCUGUCGUUUUUACUAUCGUACUCUGCCGAGGAUUUUAAACUGGCGGAGCUGAGCACCGUCUCCCGCUGGCUCGACACCUGGACGACCUUCUUCGCCGGCGCGGAGAGCUCCGUGCGGGAGCUGAAGCGGGAAGAGCGGGGGGCGGGGCCGAAUUGCGCACUGCCGCCAACGAAGGACCUCUACGAGGUGUUAGAUGAGGUGUGCCGUUUGCAGCUGCAGGCGCGCACACUGGUCGGCCGCGAGCGCUACCGCCGCAGCGCAUCGAGCGACGACUUCGUCGAUGAUUUCAUGGACAACCAGCAGCAACUGAAGGACUGGUGCCACAAGCAGCGCGAAACGCUGUCGGAGCUGACGACGCUGGACGACCUGGUGGAGUUCAGCAACUCCUUCUACACCAACGUACCCGUCAUGGACAGCAAUUUCCUCGUGCUGAUGGAGCAGAGCGAGGCGCUGAUGACCAACGUGCGGGUACAAGAGGCGCUGCAGGACGUGAACAAGGAGUGGGUAAUGCUCACCCUGGAGACGUACGACAAGCUGCAGAAUGCUGCGUCGGACGUGCACAGUGCAAGUCUGUUGGAGCAGCAGUGUGCGCAGUGGACGCAGUCGGCCUCCUCGCCGCUGCGCGAGUUUCUUCUCUACGCCCAGUCGGUGCUCAAGAAGCACCCCGAGGUGCAGGACGCGAAGAAGCUGGCGACGGUGUGCGGCCGCCUGCUGAAGGAGCACGACGCGCACGAAAUCGUGUGCACGCACUUGGCGGACUUCACGGUGCGUGAGGAGUGCGUGAAGCCGCACUCCGACUCCAUUAAAACGGAGCUGCAGUCCUCGCUGACGACGACGGUGCUGACCUUCCCGCAUUACGAUGCCUACGGCGGCCGCACCGAAUACAAGAACCGCAUCGAUGAGCUGCAGGAGUGGAUUGAUGUCAAGUCGCAGAAGGGGACCUACAUGAAGCUGCUAGAGCGGUUGGAGACGACGAAGACGAUGAUCGAGGAGCACGCGGACGUUCUGUUUCCUGACGACACCACGGCACCGUGA